CCUAGGGUUUAGUGAGAAUGGCCCAGCUUCGCGAGAUCGCGCAGGCAUGGAAGAUCUACUGCGCGUCGGCUCUCGAUUCUCCAAUCCAGCAGCAACAGCAGCAGCAGCAGCGGCCCGGGCGGCGCAAGGGAUCGGCGGGUUUCAAGGGGCAGGAUGUCUCGAGGAGUCUUCGAUUCCUGUGUGAGCGUGGCCUCGGUGAGGUCGUAAUGCAGCAUUUCAUGGACGAGCUUGAGAGAUCACUCAAAGAGAAUUACAUUCCAGAGUUUUGGUCACAUUUCACCGAUUUUUUGAGCGUCAAGGAAAAUUCUGAUACUAAACAGCUGAACGAGUGGAUACAUUUUUCACUACCUGUGGCACUCGAGAAACUAUGCUCGAAGAAAGUUUCUCAAGAGGAUGGUCUGAAUGCGUUGAUCAAAGCUUUGGAAACAAACGCAAGCGUAAAUGGCUCUCAAAUUCUUACGUCGCACCAGACAACGGUCACUGCGUUGCUUCUCACGACUUCACCUUCGUACUUCUCAGAUUUGCUAAAGCUUUAUUUCACCGCCCGCUUGGAAGAGUUUAGUGGAUCCUUUCGGAAGCGGCCUUGCAACUCUGACGACGAAGAUUGUGAGGCCUCUACGGAUGUCGAAGAUAUGGACGUGCUUGGGGUGGAAAGUCCCUGCAAAGGUGAAGCCGAAGCUACAGAAGUCAGUGAGGACUCGGUUUCAGUCAGAAACGUUGUGAAGCGUCUCAGAGACCUUGGUUUUGCUGCUUUGUGUGAGGAAGCUUAUGCAUCAGCGAUUUUGUCUCUGUUAAAGAAAAAAAUCUACUCCAUAGCUGAUAAGCGCUAUGAGAAGCCUGUCCUGGGACCUAUUCGUCAUUGGAUUGAGGCUGUGCCUAUGCGGUUCUUAAGUGCCAUUCUGGAAUCUUCCGCCGGGAGUUCAAGCUUGUCGCCUUUGCCCGCUACUCCUUCGCCGCUGGCUUCGUCCUCCACACUCUCAGAUCUUUCCAAAGAGCGAAUUAUAAGAUGGCGACUAAGGCUUCAGUUCUUUACAUACGAAACACUAGGCGAUUUGCGAAUCAGCGAACUUUUUGACGUUAUUGUGGACUACCCUGACAGCCUUCCAGCUAUUGAAGACUUGCGGCAGUGCCUUGCAAAUACCGGGGAACACUCCAAGCUCGUAAAGUCCUUUCGUUUGGCAUUGAAACAAAGACUUCUUACGGCUGGAGCGGCCACCACGGACAUAUUGACACAGUAUGUCUCGACUAUCAAAGCGCUUAGAACCAUGGAUCCGACUGGAGUAAUUCUCGAGGCCGUCGGCGAACCUAUCAGAGAGUACUUACGGGGAAGGAAAGAUACAAUUCGCUGUAUAGUCACUAUGCUGACCGACGACACAGCAACAACAAGUGGCACGACCGUCGCAGGUGGCGGAGAAGGCCUCCUUGAGGAACUCAGUCGGGGAACUACGACUGUAGAAAAUGCGGACAGCGAUGAAGAGGGAGAACUCGAUGGCGAAGAGGCUUGGGCUGCUGCACAAAGGUGGGAGCCGGAUCCUGUGGAAGCCGACUUAUCACGAACUAGCAAGAGUCGAAGAUCGAUGGAUAUUAUCAGUAUGUUGGUGGGAAUAUAUGGCUCGAAGGAGCUUUUUGUCAACGAAUACAGGGUGAUGUUGGCGGAGAAACUGUUGAACAAGUCAGAUUACGACACUGACAGGGAAAUUCGAACGCUCGAGCUUUUGAAGCUGAGAUUCGGAGAGAACAACAUGCACAGCUGCGAGAUCAUGUUGAAGGAUCUGGCGGACUCUAAGCGCAUAAACUCGAACAUAAAAGCAAAAGGAAAACCGCAGGAAACGUUUCAGAAAGGCGAGGAGUUAACUUUGCACAACGUUGAUGCCACUGUUAUUUCCUCGCUGUUCUGGCCUCCUUUCCAAACGGAGACUCUCCAAGUUCCCGACUUCGUUGAUAAGCUGCUAGACGACUAUGCUCAGCAAUACCAUACUGUAAAAGCUCCUCGGAAGCUGCAGUGGAAGAAACAUUUAGGCACUGUCAAGCUGGAGCUCCAAUUUGAGGACCGUUCGGCUCAGUUUGUGGUUUCACCAAUGCAAGCGUCUAUUAUUUUGAAGUUUGAGAGCUGCUCCAGAUGGUCAGCCUCGGAGCUAGCUGCAGCGUCUGGAAUCCCCGUCACAACGCUUAGACGCCGGAUUGUAUUGUGGAUCAAUCAGGGUGUUCUUGUAGAAUCGCACGGAGACAAAGAUGGUGAGGUUUUCUAUCAGGUAGUGGAGACUAUUGGCGAUGGCGGGCAGAGAGGGGCGUCUGCUCCAACAGAAGCGGCUGUACCGCUGCUCGAGGAGGAGGACGGGCAGAGUGCCGUAACACCCAUGGAAGAUCAAUGGCAGCAAGAGAUGAACGUCUACGAGUCUUACAUCGUUGGAAUGCUUACAAACUUGGAAUCUCUCCCGCUGGAUCGGAUCCACAAUAUGCUCAAGAUGUUUGUCUCGGAUCCUCCCUACGACAAGACACUCCAGCAGCUACAGGGAUUCCUUGGAAGUUUGAUCGCCGACGAAAAGCUGGAAUUUAGAGAGGGAGUCUACCGCCGGAAGCAAUGAAAAUCAAAAGUUUCACGCAGUUCUUUGGGAAGAUCACCCUCCAAUCAAAUCCUUUCUUCUUUCUGAGGUUUGAGAAGCUCCACGAGUCUAGGAAGUUUAUUAAAACUUCUAGCUUCUAGAGCUUUGGUCUAGAGCAUAGAUUGUAUAUUUAAUCUUUUUUCUUUUACUAUUUUACAGAUUGAUUCUCUCA